UUCUCCAUAUUACAAUUUUGCCCCCGCUCUUCGGUUCUUCAUUUUCCCCCUCUCAAAUUCAAUUUUCUUCCUGGAGAAGAAGUUUCGGUACCACUGCACAGUACACACCCGCUCUCUCUCUCUGAGCUUUCGAUCUUGCUAGCAAAAUUUGGGACAAAUUCUCUUGUAAAUACCAAAAACAAGUUUUGGGUUCCGCGAAGUUGCAGAAGUGGAAGAAUACAAUGGCUUCGAUUUCUCUCACUGCGUCUCUCUUCUCUCUCAUUUGCAUUGCUGUUUUUCCCAGCUUUUGCUUAGCAGGCGAUCCCUAUGUCUUUUACGACUUCCGCAUCUCAUACAUCACUGUUUCUCCUCUUGGCAUUCCUCAACAGGUUAUAGCAGUUAAUGGAAAGUUCCCUGGACCCGUAGUCAAUGCCACAACGAAUAACAAUGUGGCCGUGAAUGUUUGGAACGAUUUAGAUGAAGAUCUCCUUCUCACUUGGCCUGGGAUUCAAAUGCGACGUAAUUCGUGGCAGGAUGGUCUUCUUGGCACCAACUGUCCUAUUCCACCGAAGUGGAAUUGGACUUACCAGUUUCAAGUGAAGGAUCAAAUUGGGAGCUUCUUCUAUUUUCCAUCUUUGAACUUUCAGAGGGCAUCUGGUGGUUUUGGUCCUUUUAUUCUCAAUAACAGGGAAAUAAUCCCAAUUCCUUUUGCAGAACCUGAUGGGGAUAUUCUACUGCUUAUUGGUGAUUGGUACACACAAAACCAUACGGCAUUAAGGGCUACACUUGAUGCUGGAAAGGACCUCGGAAUACCUGAUGGGGUUCUUAUCAAUGGAAAGGGGCCUUAUCAGUACAACACAACUCUCGUUCCUGCGGGCAUCGAGUAUGAAUCCAUUCCAGUAGACCCUGGGAAAACCUACCGACUCCGUGUGCAUCAUGUUGGUAUUUCAACUAGUUUGAACUUUAGAAUCCAGAAUCAUAAUCUGCUUCUUGUAGAAACGGAGGGACAUUACACAGUUCAACAAAAUUUCACCGACUUUGAUAUUCAUGUUGGGCAGUCAUAUUCUUUCUUGGUUACCAUGGAUCAGAACGCUAGCACUGAUUACUACAUUGUUGCAAGUGCUAGGUUUGUGAACGGAUCUACUUGGGAAAGGGUUACCGGAGUUGCCACCUUGCACUAUUCUAAUUCUAAAGGACCGGCAACUGGUCCUCUUCCUGACCCACCUAAUGACAUGUAUGACAAAGAGAGAUCCAUGAACCAGGCAAGGAGUGUAAGGCAAAAUGUAACUGCAAGUGGAGCUCGUCCCAAUCCCCAGGGAUCGUUUCACUAUGGUCAAAUUAAUGUGACUGAAACAUAUCUAUUGAAGAGUGCACCGCUGGUGACGAUAAAUGGGUCACCUAGAGCUACCCUUAAUGGUAUUUCGUUUGUCAAUCCCGAUACACCCAUCAGGCUUGCUGACCAGAAUAAUGUGAAGGGAUCUUACAAACUUGAUUUUCCUGAUAGGCCGUUCAACCGGACGCCACAUGCUGAUAGAUCUGUUCUUAAUGCUACAUAUAAAGGCUUUAUUGAGGUCAUAUUUCAGAAUAAUGACGCAACAAUGCAGAGUUUUCAUGUGAAUGGUUAUUCCUUCUUUGUUGCAGGGAUGGGUUAUGGUGAUUGGUCAGAGGACAAAAGAGGUUCCUACAAUAAGUGGGAUGCAAUCAGUCGCUGCACAACACAGGUAUAUCCGGGGUCUUGGACUGCAAUCCUCAUUUCUCUGGACAAUGUUGGAACAUGGAAUAUAAGAGCAGAAAAUCUGGAUAGAUGGUAUUUGGGCCAAGAAACAUACAUGAAAAUUACCAAUCCUGAGGAAAAUGGGGAAACCGAAAUGGCUCCUCCUCCAAAUGUUCUAUAUUGCGGUGCCCUGCAGAGUCUACAGACGCAACAUCGACGUAGCUCGGGAGGGCCGAUUGUCACGUGGACAUGGAAAUCAUGCAACAUUUUGCUGAUGGUAUUACUAUGUUACAUUCUCAAUUUUAGUUGAAUUUAGAGGUUUGAUAUCACUCUGUAGCAGAGAUUAUUGUGGGAUGGGAUGGCAUUAUUGAAAUUGUUUGUCAACGUAUUAGUAUAUAUUCAUAGGUUUUUUGUAUCCUAAGUUCAUGUAGCAGACAUUUUGUUUGAUUUUUAAUGUCAGGCAAUUUUCGCUUUUUCUUUUUAGCUA